AUGCCUGUGCCGCCAGAGAUGCCCGACGCCCAGCACAACCCCGCCGCUGCCUUUGUGGAAGAUGCGCUUCCUCAGGUCUGCAGCGCCAGCCUCUAUUACGCUGACACCCAGGAGAUCGACUCGCGUCCUCCCCUCAGUCCUGGUGCGCGUGGUGCUGGAGCUGUCCACGAGAGCAGUACCUGCAAUGACCUCGAGAUCCCGGGUGGCAAACACCCCCAGCGUGCUUCUUCUGCUGUUUCUGAUGACGGUGCUGGCGACACGCAGAUAAUCGAUCACUCUUCCAGUCAGCCCCAGGACAUUCAGUUCCCGUUGGGUCUUUCCAGAUCCGACUUCCUACAAGCAAAUAACAGUCAUACUUCCCACAUUCCAACUCUCUCCAAAGCUGAAGAAAGAAUAUUGGCAGCAAGCACUGACGAUGAUCUUUCCUUAAACAAUGACACAACUAAUGAUGUGUCUAAUGAUACAACCACAGACUUAUUCAAAGGUCCACCAAACGCUAUCCCAAAUCCCAUCUCAAAUGACAUUUCCAACGAUAUCUCCAAUGAUAUCUCCAAUAUCACAAAUGAAAACACAAACUACAACUUUCUACCAGAUUUACAGAUUCCCGCUACUCUAGAACAACAAAACUUAUUUGAAAACAACAAUACUGCCAAUACGAUUCAUACUCAAAUCGAGAUUGAAACUGAAAUCGAGAUUGAAAACCAAACAGUGAUAUCCGAUCUCUUUAUUAACUCCACAAAAAACGAUCAUAUCCUUGACACUCAAAAAUUGCAUCAAGACUAUGAAUCUCAGAUUUACGAUACCCAAAAUAUAAACCUAGUCGAAGAUAUUACCUCUAAUUCAAACGAAUCCCCAUCGAAAAAAGGAAAUCUUGAAAUCUUAAACAACUCUUCAAUUCAAAACCAUUCAUCUUCUCAAUUUUUUUCCUCAAAUAACAUAUCAAUUAAAAACCAAAACCAAAACCAAAAUCAAAAUCAAAAUCAGAUUCCAAAUUCAAAUUCAAACCCAAAUAACAUAAAUUUGCUCUUAGAUUCUUCGCUCCCGGAUUUUAAUCAUAAAUUUCAUUCAACUCAAAUUUCUUCAAAAAAUGAAAUUUUAUUUAGAAAUAAUGAAUUCUUAUCCAAAUUCAAUUUAUCCAAUUCCAAUUCCAACUCCAAUUCAGAUUCAGAUUCAGAUUCAGAAACAAAUCAAAAUCAAAGUAAACAUCUGAAUUCAAAUUCAAAUUCAAAUUCAAAUCACUCAAAUCUCAAAAAUGAAAAUGAAAAUGAAAAUGAAUCUUCUUCAAUUAAAAUCAUAAAUAAUCAAAAUUUUCAGUCUAAUCACUCUGCCAUAUCUAAUCAUUCAACUACAUCUGAAAAUGAUUCUGACACUGAUUCUGACUAUAAUCCCGACAUUGAUCUUAAUUCUGAUCCGGUUAUUAUUUCCGUCAAUAAUUCCGACAUUAUUCCUGAUCUUGAUCUUGAGCCUGAUCCUGAUCUCGAUCCUGAUCUUGAUGACAACUUUAUGAUACGUCCCAAAAAAAAGAGAAAAACAAAUCACAAGAUACUCUCUAAUCCCCCUUCAAAUAAUCCUUCUCAAAAUGAUUUAUCUAAAUUCACAGAAUCUUUUGAUAAUGAAUCCAUUUUUAAUACUUUUCCCAUCGGCAUACUAAGAAAUGAAACCUCAUCUAAUCGAAGUUUAUCCAACUUUUCAAAUUGGAAUAAUUACUUUUGGUGUCUUUUUCAAUACAAAUACUAUCCUGCAAUAGUCCUAUCUAAAGUCGAUGGAAGAAAAUACAAUGUCAUGUUUUACGACACUUCUGUUAUAAUCGAUCAAAAUGACAUUGUUUCCCCUCUAGACAUAAGAAUUGGUGAUUCUGUACAAUUGAUCAAUAAAAGACCCAGUUAUAUUGUCACAGGGUUAGAAUGCUGUUUUCCUAAAAAUCAAACCGAAACCGAAACCGAAACCCAAACCGAAAAACAAAAGAAAAAAAUUAUCAGAUGUAUUAGAGGCUAUGACACUAUUUACUUGAAAAUAAUUAAAAGACAAAAAGUAGUAGAAAAUUCAAAUGAAAUCAAAGCCAAUCUAUGUGAUAUCUGUAUUAAUUCCCAACAAUGGAGCAAAAAAUGUAACAUUUUUAAAAAGAAACUGGGACAAGGUCUUGACUCCAUAAUUCCCAUUAGAGGAAGAAGCGAAGCUAAUCAAUUAUCUACUAACCUUAAAGGCUCUGUUUCACUGGCAAUAUUACGCCAUAGUUCAAAUACAACUUUGCUGUUAAGUUUAUACCAAACCCCAGAAGAUCAGGAAAUUUAUUAUAGCAAUAUGUUUUCCGGUUGCGUUUUUUGUUUAACGGGAAGCUCUACCAUCAAUAAUUUCACUCAUAAAAACAGAGAUGAAAUAUCAAAAUUGAUUAUUGAUAAUGGUGGAGCAAUUCUAAAAGAUGGCUUUCACUCUUGGAUGGAACUAGUUAUUAACAAUGAAAACCAUUGUUUGGGAUUGCAGUUGAAAAAUCAAUUUAAAGCUGGAACCUAUAAAUUUGCUGCUGUUAUUUCCAACCAAUAUUGUAGAAGUUCGAAAUAUUUAGAAGCAUUGGCCCUAGGAUGGCCAACAUUAUCAAUUGAGUUCAUCAAAGAUUGUAUCAGAGAACAAAAAUUUCUUCAUAAUUGGACUAGCUAUUUAUUAGCGAGCGGCGAGUCAAAAAGAUUUAAUUGCAUACAAAGUAUUGAUAUAUCCAAUUUCAAAAUAAAUUUUGAAUGUAAAAAGGCUUCAGACUUAUCUAAUCAGCUUUCUAAUAAUUCUGGUGUGUUAAAUGGAAAAAAAUUUAUAAUGUUAAGUAAAGAGCCGUUUAUUGUUGAGUUUUUAAUUCAUACUUUAGGUGCCAAAUCGAUUAAAUACGCUGAGAAUAUCACUGCGAUUCCUGAUGUGAUAAGAGAAAUUGAAAAACACAAUCUUAAUUUUGAAGACGAAAUAUUGAUCUAUGACUAUAAAAAUAUUGAAAUGGUUUAUCAAGAUUUGAAUAUUCUAAAUCUAAAUUUUCAUGAAAACAUUGUACAAGAAAGAGGAUCUGGAAAGCGCUCCAAAAGUGAAAUCCACAGAAGUCGAAAAAGAACAAGCAGCGGAAAGAGAAAAUCGAAAACCUCCGAGCUAAUAAAUACAAAAUCCAGGUGUAAAGACAUAAAUGUGUUUUUGGUGGACUGGGAGUGGAUAGUGCAGUGCAUCAUAAGUAGAAACUGCUGGCCCUCGACACUAAUCUGGACAGCUAAAAUAUAA